CUUCAGUCUCAUGUCUUGUGCAACUCGGAGGAGGAGAUAUUUUAUGAUUAUCUGACUAAAGAACCAUCAGUCUUUAGUAUUGGCAUAAAAUUAUUUGGAUCAUUUCAUUGUAUAGCUGAAUUAACGCGCCGACUGAUUUCUAGGACUGACUGCUUCUAGAAAACUUUUUAAUACCACUGUAAAGUUCAAUUUACAAUUAAAUAGAUAUGGUGAUUAAUUGGUUAUUCUGGAACUUAUUGAAUUGGAAUAACCAACAAAGAGGAUACAAAGUAGGAUUUAAGAAUAUUUUUGGAAAAAUCCGAUUAUUGAAAGACUAUUAUUCUUGUUUUGAUGAUCGAAUGAUUUGUGUUCAAAAACUGCAAAGCAGUUCUUUCUUCAUGAAGAUAUGAAGGUGUAAAAACUCCUACAAAGACUACAAGAUUAAAACAUGGCAUUCCAUUUAUCCCUCUGGGUUCUGUUUAUAUUGCCAAAGAUUUUAGUCACAGCUAACGUCACCGACGAAUUCAACGACACUUCAACAAAUACGACUAUCUGGCCAAAAAAUGAAUGGAGUGGGGCUGUUAUUCAACAGGUUGUUACCCUGUCCGUCAUCAUCCUUGUCACUUUGGUAGGAAAUACAAUUAUCGUGCUGGUCUUAUCUUUAUCUCGAUAUCGAAACCGUUCCUCCAGAGUAAACAUCUUCAUUCUGAACCUAGCUAUUGGUGACUUAGCAGUCUGCUGUAUAACCAUGACGUCAGAACUUCUUUUCGAGGUAUUUGGAGAAUGGAAAUUGGGACCUAUCGCAUGUAAAGUGAUUGUGUAUGCCCAAAUCGUGACCCUGGCAAGUACUACUUUCAUCCUCACUUCGAUGAGCUACGACCGCUAUUUGGCGAUUUGUCGACCUCUGAGAACAACAGGUGGUGUCACACAGGCAAAACGACUCAUCAUUGGAUCUUGGCUGUUAGCAUUUGUCUUUGCUAUCCCUCAAAUCUUCAUUUUUGUUCAAGUAGAAGAAAGAGACGCUGAAACUGGAAUUAUUCGUCAGAAAUGCGAAAGCAAAGGAUACACUGCAUUAUGGCAACGCAAAGUAUACUUCACAUGGCUCACAACUUAUAUUCUAAUCAUUCCUGCCAUUUGCAUCUGUUACUGCUACAUCAACGUCCUGCGCACUGUUUGGAAAGCAGCUAAAGAUCACCACCAUAAAGGUUCGUCGUCCGUAUUUCUACGCAGAUCUCAAAAUGCAGCCUCCAUGAUACCACGAGCAAAAAUCAAGACCCUGAAGCUCACCAUUUGUAUCAUAGCUAGCUUCAUUAUAUGCUGGACUCCCUACUUUAUCGUGAACAACAUCAGAAUCUACAGCAACUACACCAUAACGGUCUCCAAGAAUGUCAUCCUUGGGGUUCAAACCCUUGCAUUGCUCAAUUCUGCUCUUAACCCAAUAUUUUAUGGCUACUUCAAUGUUCAUCUUCGCAAAGAUUUCAAAGAGAUUGUAUAUCGCAAGAAAGAUCUUGGCACUUGCUUGAUGGCCCAGUCUUGUGGAGCAGCAGUUGGUGGUGACUCAUGGGACACCACUUAUUCUGCUUCCAUGAAUAAUCAUACUCCACACCCGUUUAGAAGACACAGGUCUUGCAGUGGAAGGCCAAAUGGCCGAAGUCCAACUCCAGCUGGGGAAGCCAGACGUGCUAAGGCUCCAAAAUGUGACUGCGCAGAUGUCUGAAUUCUCUUUCUUCAACACCACUCGCUACAUUCAUAGCUCAAAAACUUUCUUCCGAUGAAACAGACAUUCAUCUGGAAUCGAGAGACUCCAUUUGAAAAUCCCUAAGCGGAUUAUUUCAUUCGAUGUAACUUAAGUGUAAAACUCAUUUAAAUAUACUUGAUAUUAACUUUGAUGUUCUGCUACAUGAUCGUGCUUCAUUUUGAUGUUACAGAGAGAUGUAUAAUGUGUUCAAUAUUUGCUGUUAAUCUUGGUAUAAAUUGGUUAAAUAUCUUCUAUGAGAUACUCUAGGACGAAAAUUGCUUUUUCUUGCAUUGAAAUGAUACGUGUUUGUUGUUAUUGGACGAAUAUAUGUCAUUUGUUGUGUAAAUAUAGUAAUAGAAAUUGUAGAUCUGAUUGUAAUAGAUGUGCAUUUUAAAACCAAAUUAAAUGUAAUUAUUGAUGGUUUCAAUAAAAAUUUGCGGCUGA